UUGUAAAGAGGGGAAGUAAAACUGAUUCAAAACACCUAUGAAUAGUGUGUGUUGGCAGCAGUUAGUGUUAGUGAACGAUCGACGCAGAACAUAGAAUUCCAUCAUGAGAGGCCGAACGUCUCUCAUUUUUAUCCUGGUCCUGCUGUGUGCUUCUAAUGGAUGGACACAGACCAGCAGCUCUCCAAGCCUUGAUACUAAAGCCUACAACUGCACACAGCGAGAAGGGACCUCCCUUACCGUACUGAUAGAAGAAUGUAUGACCUAUUUUGGUUUCACAUAUUACUUUGAACCAGUCCUGAAUUACCUAUCGGCAAGAUUUCCCUGUGUUACCCGACAAUACACUUCUAUCCUCCUGAACUAUACAAAAACAAAGGAAUCAAUCACCACUGACAAAAGCACUUUCUUGCAAAGCUUAAUAGGCGACGAUUGGAGAUCUAAAUUUGAUGAUUUUGAUUUGUAUGACCAAAUGGCAAAAUGCAAUCAGUCCCUCCUCUAUGGGCUGAAGAGAGCUCUACAGAUUUCCCCCGCUGAGUCCAUCAUUGCCAUAGUUACUUCUGGCUCCAUGGCGGAUUACAAUGACACUCAGCUCCUGUCUGAGGUGUAUACAUUGCUGGAGGAAAAAAAGUCCCAAGUUUAUUUUGUGUGGCACUUUUGGUCUUGUGCAGUGAACGAUGACCAAAGAGAUAUAUUCAAUCAGUUGUCAUUUCUUAGUUUUGGAGAAUUUAUCAGUGCACCAAAUAUACAAAACUUCAAGUUUAUUCAGUCUCUGAAAUUGCUUAUGUCUAAACCUCUAAAUUCCUCUGUGCGAAUCCUGGAUGUAAAUGCAAGUGUUACAGACACAUAUACAGAAGCAUUUAAUGUUGGACAAUCCUUGAUAUUUUUACUGAUCGCAAGAGAUGAAACCUUCGCCCUGCAACUCACUGAUCCAAAAGGAAACACGAUCAAAUUUGAAAAAGUACCUUCCGAUUAUUACAGCAGACAGAAAUUUUUAGAUUCUGUAAGUUAUCAUUUGGUAAAAAGUCCGGCUGCGGGAACCUGGACUCUUAAUGCUCAGGGGGAAGGGUCACUUACUGUUCGAAUGUUAGGAUUUUCUGGGUUGAACAUUUCAGGAAACUGCUCCGACUCUGACUGUCACCCGAAUGCAACGUGUGGAGAGUUUGGUGGGGACCAACAAUGCACAUGUAAAGAGGGGUUUGCAGGAGACGGGUCGUCUUGUGAGGACAUGGAUGAAUGCCAGGACCAAUACGCCAACAACUGUAGACGUUAUGGUGGUACCUGUGUGAACACCAUUGGCUCUUACACCUGUAAAUGUAACGCUGGAUUGGAGUAUAAAGAAGGAAUUGGCUGUGUUGACAUUAAUGAGUGUGCGGACAGCUCUCUGAAUGACUGUCUUCCACCAGCAGUAUGUGUCAAUUAUAAUGGAUAUUACUUUUGUAAAUGUAACCCUGGAUUCGAGCAUGAAAAGGGAAUUGGCUGUGUUAACAUGAAUAAGUGUGCGGACCGUUCUCUGAAUGACUGUCAUCCACUAGCCGUGUGUACCAGUUAUUAUCGGUCCUACACCUGUACUUGUCCCUAUGGAUAUUACGGAGAUGGAAGACACUGCGAGGUCAAUGAAUGCCAACAAGGAACACCGUGUGCCUCUAAUGAAGAAUGCAUGAAGUCCAUUGGAUCUUAUUCCUGUGUUGACCCUUGCUCCGACCACACCGUAUUUAAUGACUCUUGGCGCAGUACUUCCAAUGUACAUAAUGAUAGUGACUAUUCCUAUGAUUGGGUUCAUUGUGACCAUGCUCUAAAUGGCUGGUAUCGGCUUACAGGACAAUAUGAUCAGCGGAUGCCCGAGUACUGUGUACCUAAAUACAGCUGCGGCACACACGUUCCUAUGUGGCUAAACGGCAAACACCCAACAAUGGAGGAUGGCAUUGUGAAUCGUACAGCCUGUGGCAACUGGAAUCAAAAUUGCUGUUCCUGGUCUAUUACAAUUUCUGCAAAAAAGUGUGCUGAAGGAUAUUAUGUCUAUAAACUGCAGCGGACACCAACUUGCCCCCUGGCCUACUGCGUAGAAUCUUAUAAUAGCUGCUCAGCGGUGGACUGCGCUCCGGGCACUGCUGAACCUACAAGAAAACUUUUCAUGCUUGCUUUUGUUUUGCUGCCGCUUUACACUUCUGCCAUUUUGUAGCAUUAUAUAUGUGUAUAUUCAUGGAACAUUUAGAGAGUAGUGUAACCCGAACUCCAGCCUAUCCCCAGGCGGCAUCCUUUGUGACGAAACACGUAGGUAGGGUGGAGCCUACAACUGUGACAUCAUCACAUGAUUCAUCUCUGAUUGGGGGCCUGGAGGGAAGACGCUAUAACUUUUAAUCGCUUGGAUUCUAUAACAUGCUGAUUUUAUCUGGAUUCUUGUAAGUGCAUUCAUUCGUUUUAUAAUUAAAUUGUUUUUUACAUACUG